AUGGACGAGUUGGAUAACGAUAAAAGUGACUCAAACGAGAGCAUUUCCACUCAUUUUACGCCUUCAGCUGCCUGUAAAAAGAAACGUAAACCACGCGGGCCUUACAACCAGUAUCUUUCUCAGCCAGGAGCAAAGAUACCACGAACGACUUUAAAGAAGUGGCCAGAUAAGAGCACCGCAAUUGCUUCUAUUUCGGCGGGUGAUCUUUGUAGCACAAGUUCACAGACAAGAUCAGGGCAACUGAGAUCAGGCACUGCCUGUAGCGGCUCUUCCACUAAUACCGAAUACACGGAGACGAGUUCUUUUGGAUUAUCACACAGUUUGUUACAUCAUAGUGGUAUUACGUCUAAAAGCUCUUUGGUUCAAUGCGAGGAACUCGAUGAAUUCCCAUGCCCGUAUGGCGAUGACAGCGACCAAUCUUUUGAGACUCCAAGUGAUAAGUUCACCCUCGUAGAAAGUGACGUUGGAAAAACUCCCAAGGUCACUGAG